AUGGCAAAAGCUGCCUUUUAUGCUGUUAAAGAUGGUCGUAAGACUGGAAUCUUCCAUAAUUGGAAUGAUUGUAAGGAGCAAGUCAUAGGUUAUGCUGGUGCUGUUUAUAAAAAAUUUCCAUCUGAAACAGAGGCUAAAUCAUUUAUCAAUGGUGAUGGUUCCAACAUAACUAUCAAAAAAGGCAAACAAAUAUUUUAUGCAGUUGCUUCAGGUCAUAAACAAGGUAUUUAUAACAACUGGAGUGCUUGUAGUGAACAAAUUAAAGGUUUGGAUGACUGCAAAUAUAGAAAAUUUUAUUCUUUAAAAGAAGCUGAAAAUUUUAUAAGGCGACAUAAUAUUAAAGAAGGUUAUAAAGAUGAUAUUGAUAUAAAUUCAUUGAAACGAGCUAGAGGGGAAGAAGACGUAAAUGAGACUCAAAAUAAAGCAAGAAAACAAGAGCAAGAACAAGAAUCAAAUAUUGAUCCUAGUGGAGAUACAUUUUAUGGUAUUAAAUAUAAAUCUGGUAAAUCUAAGAUUGUGAAAACAUGGAAUGAGUGCAGAAAAGCUACAAGUGGAAUUCAAGGUGUUACUUUUAAAAGAUUUGAUAAUUUGAUGUCUGCAGAAUUUUUCACAAUGCCAGAUGAACAAGAUACACCAUCAUCACCAACUUCAAAAGAUAAUAUGACUGAAUUAUUUUUACAAAAAAAUUCAGAGGCAAUUUUACAAAGACAAAAAGAAUUAAAACCUACUGUUGUUUUCUGUGAUGGUUCAUUUAUAGCUAGUUCGUAUGGUAAAAGUAAGGCAGGAUUUGGUGUUUAUUUUGGACCUGGUGAUUAUAGAAACAUUGCACAACCUUUGAAAAAGGAACCAAAAAAUAGUUUUAUAUCUGAAGCAAAAGCUAUAGAGUAUGUCUUGUCACAUGUAAUGAAAGAUGUUGAAAAAUAUGUAUCCGGGGAAUUAGAAAUCAUGCCCAAAUAUUCAAUAUCAUCAGAUUCUGAAACAAUGAAGAAUAUAUUACAUUCAUAUGCUUCACAUUGGACUGAUAAAGAUUAUGAAAAAAGAUCAGAUUUACCUGAAUUAAAACAAAUUGUUGAAAAUUUUGGGAAAAUAAGGAAAUUUUAUCAUGAUAAUUCACCAAUUUUCAAUGACUUUAAAUUUGAAAUCACUUGGGUUAAAGGUCAUGUUGGUAUUGAGGGUAAUGAACAAGCGGAUCAAUUAGCUAGAGAAGGUGCUGAGAAAUCAAUACAAUAA